AGUAGUAUAAGUAGAGUUAGUAUAAGAGGAAAACAAUAAAUAUUUGUGCAAUUGAAGUUAGUCGGAAAGAGAAAUAAUAAAAUAGUAAUAUAUCCUUAAGAAAUUAGGAAGCUUUGUAAUUAUUAUGAAACAAAUAAAAAAGAAAAAUAUUGCAAUUAUUACAAUAUUGACUGAGUACUAUUUAGCAAAAUCUUUUAUCCCGUGGAAAAAGUAGAAAAUGGAUCAUCUACAACAAGACCAAAGAUAUGUAACGGUCACAUGGGCUUUGAACUCGAAUUCUUCUCUAAACGUGAAUGCAUUUAAAUUUCCAACCCUUUUCAAUCUCUACUUAUACCCGCGCCUUUUUACGCUCAACAUUCACACCAAACACUCCACUUCACUUCACUUCACUUCACUUCACUUACUAAGAAUCCAAGAAUGGAUAACUUGAAGAAAUCAUCACUAUCGAAACCAUGGAAGAAAGGCCCUGCUCGCGGCAAAGGAGGGCCUCAAAACGCGACAUGCACGUACCGGGGAGUAAGGCAAAGAACAUGGGGGAAAUGGGUAGCUGAGAUCAGAGAGCCUAAGAAGAGAACUCGGCUUUGGUUGGGUUCUUUUGCUACUGCUGAAGAAGCUGCCUUGGCUUAUGAUGAAGCUGCAAGGCGGCUUUAUGGGCCGGAUGCUUAUCUUAAUCUUCCGCAUCUGCGUUGUAGCUUUAAUCCUUUGAACAAAUCGCAAAGGUUUCGUUGGUUUCCCUCCAAGAAUUUCAUCUCCAUGUUCCCUGCUUCCAGUGGGACAACACCGUCUUUGCUCAAUGUAAAUGUGCAACCGAGUGUUCAUGUUAUUCAUCAGAGACUCCAGGAGUUCAAGAAUUUCAGGCCGUCUUUAAGUGAUCAUAAUAAUAAGUCUGAACCCAAGAAUGUGAAGAGGGAUAAUAAAGAAGUUGAAAUUGAUAAUGACAAACAGAAGUGGGAGAAGCCUCAGAUUGAUUUGCACGAGUUUUUGGAGCAGAUGGGAGUUUUAAAGGAAGGAGAAGCAGCUUACGAUAACAAAGCUGAUGCAAACAAUGGCGAGAAUGAUGAGUUGAACGAGAAUAACAUGGAGGAGAUGAAUUCCGAGUGGGACGAAUUAGUUGAAAUCUUGAGAGGGGAAGAUUAUCAACAACCUGAAUCAAGCAGUUAUGGAGACUAUAAUAUGCAGCAAGAGCUAAUAACUUUCCCACCUGGUAUCUGGGACUUUUGAAGAGUUUCAUUUGAUUUCCUAAAUCUAGUUAAUGUCAGUCAUUAGAGAAUAUUUAGAUACAUGUAACCUGAUUUAAUGUCCUAUAAGAUUUGUAUGAGAUGUAGUUAUGACUAAUUGGUCUCUUUCGGGAAUAAAAUACGCUAGGUAGAUGGGUUUUGGU